UUCAGCUUCCUUUAAUUUCCUUGUACAAAUUCACUAGAGAGGGGGAGGCAGAAAAUGAGCUCGGAGACAACGACGCAUGCGCCAAAGCGAGCCCGAGUCAAAGUAACGUACGGCACACAAACGGCACGAAGGCCAGCCAUGGCAUGGACAACGCGCAGCGACCAGGCGGCAAGCAAAAAGCGGCGCACGCACAUUACAUUGCUUGAUUCAAUGGCCACCAGCACAUCAGCCAGCAAGGCCCCGGGCAUAGAGGCGGUGGUGGUUCGCAAGAAAACCCAGACGUUCCUGGAUUUCGGGCAGAAGCAGCUGACGGCAGAACCCUGCAAGCAAUGCGGCAUGGCGUACCAGCGUGGACGCACGGACGACGAGCAUCUGCACAAAAAGUUCCACCGGGCGUGGCAGAGGCGGCAGGACAAGGCGCUGCUCUGGCACGACGACUGCGAAAGCAUAGUCUGUGCAAACGGCUCUGUCCAGAUUGUCGACGCGCACAGCCCCCAGCGCAUAGUUAAGCGGGCGCUGGCCAUUCUGAACCUAGCCAACGAGCACCUGGGUGCGUGCAAAGUGGAUGUGCUGGGUGAGCGCAAGGUGUUUUUGUUCAUUGACAAAGGUCGGGUGUGCGGGUGCAUUUUGGCCGAGCGCAUUGACAAGGCCAGGCGGCUGGUGCCUGGGCUGAGUGAGUGUCAGGGUGGGUUUAUCCGGGUCGUGUGCGGGAUCAGUCGGAUUUGGGUGGUGCCUGGGGAGCGGCGGCGAGGCGUGGGUGUGCAGAUGGUCAGGGCUGUGGCGAUGCGGUUUGUCUAUGGAUGUCCAGUGGGUCUGGAUCAGCUGGCGUUUACGCAGCCGACCGACGAUGGCCGGGCGCUGGCCGAGCGCGUGUUUGGCCGCCGCGACUUUCUGGUCUAUGUCGAGGAGUAAAUUUUGCUGAUCAGAUCACCACUGAUGAGGCUUUGCACGCGUCAUUGCCGUUUCCUUUGCAUGCGUCUCUUAGCAACACUGGCGUUUUUUUUUUUUUUAACAAUAUCUCAUAUAUCCAGC